AUGUCCACCGCGCCCGCGCGGCGCGCCCACCCGCCGCUGCAGAACGGCGCGAGGGGCGACGACGAACGCGAGGAGGAGGAGGAGGAGGAAGUGGGCGAUGACGAGGCGGAGGAGGAGGACGAGGAGGAGCCGCGGCUCAAGUACCAGCGUCUGGGCGGGAGCGUGCCGGCGAUCCUCUCCACCGACGCCGCGGCCGCCAUCGCCGUCGCCGACCGCAUGGUUGCGCUCGGCACCCACAACGGCACCCUCCACAUCCUCGACUUCCAGGGCAACCAGGUACUCCUCGCCAAAGGGCGCGCUCUCCUCGCGGAAUUGGGGCUUGUGAUGGGGACGGGGGUUGGAGGGAGACAGGAUCGUGGCAUUGGGACUGCUCUCGGAGCUUCCUCUAUGCUUGCUGGGUCAAAACUACUUGCCUGUUCAAUGAUUGGAGCUUUGAGGGAUUUUAUCUCCGAAACUGACUUGGCUUUAGACGCUCCCACGGUUGCUGGAGACACGUAG